AAAAGAGAAGUGAGUUGGGUUUGGAGUCCCGAGGUGGGAGUGAGAGUAAUGGUCUUCCUGUAGACACUCUCCACUGUCGAAGGAGAUCACGCACUGCGCUCUCUCUCAACCUUCAAACUUCAAUGCCACUCUUCUUCCUUCCCCAUUGACGCCCAAUGGAUCCCAUCAACGCCGCCGCCAACACCCCAUCCUAUCACCUAUCGGAGAUCUGGCACUUCCCGCCUCCCGCCGCCCCAGACGCCUUGGGCCUCCGGAGCCCCAACUUCGCCAAGAAGAGGCGCCAGGCCCACCACGUCUCCGCCACCAACGCCGUGAAGGAGGGUCAGGGUGGUGGCGAUGGGAAGCGCGUUAAGAAGAGUGAAACUCAAAGCAGUUCAGGAAAGCCUGCGGAGCCAGCUUCGGAGCCUCCUAAGCAAGACUACAUCCAUGUCCGAGCUAGAAGGGGUCAAGCUACCGAUAGCCAUAGUCUUGCAGAAAGAGCUAGACGGGAGAAGAUUAGUGAGAGGAUGAAAAUUCUUCAGGAUUUAGUCCCGGGUUGUAAUAAGGUUAUUGGGAAAGCAUUAGUCCUUGAUGAGAUAAUUAAUUAUAUCCAAUCGCUUCAGCGCCAAGUAGAGUUUUUGUCAAUGAAGCUUGAAGCAGUAAAUUCAAGAAUGGCCCCCGGAAUUGAAGUGUUUCCUCCUAAAGAUUUUGAUCAGCAAACAUUCGAUACAACUGGCAUGCCAUUCGUUUCUCAAGCCGCAAGAGAGUAUAGCCGAGGUUCAUCACCAGAGUGGUUACAUAUGCAGGUGGGAGGUGGUUUUGAAAGAGCAACGUAGUCUAUGAAAUCCCAUCACCUGAUAACAAAUGCAUAUAGAAUCAGUAGUCUCCUUCAGAGCCCCAUAAAUCAUAUACUCAAGGUGUUAUUAAGUCCAAUGGAUACCUCAUUCCCGUUUCCUACAAGAGGCUUGGAGCUGUUAUUUGUAUCCACAGGAUCGCUUCAGUUAGUACUUGAGCAACUCCAUUUGUUAGUAUGUUGGAAAAUGAAUUCAUUUACCCAAUAUGUAGUUUAGUGGACUAUAGGCUUUCUAUGCUGAUACUCUUCAUAACCUUGAAUGAUUAUUAUUCUUGUAAAAGAAUGCUGUUUGUCCUGAAAUACAUAAAUGCUUACAUACUGUGUAAUAGUGUAAACAUUGUUGUUUGUCAGUGAAGCUAUGUUGAAUAAAUUAAGCCCAUGUGGUUUUGUUAACA